CUCAGACUUGAUUUUUCCAUUAUUUUUCUCACCAAACAUUAGUGCACAUGCACUGCUACAUCACCCUAUGCCUUCUCUUUCUUAUAAAUACUGUGUAGUCUUCAUUAUCACUUCCACCUUUUACAUCUUUUCUAGCUCUCUUCUCUUCCUCACACCAGCAGAGAAAAUGAGCCUAUUGAUGAGGAGACCAUCAUCAUCAACCUAUAGUUACUCAAAGCUGGAUAAAGAAGACCCAGAAGAUGUAAUUCAUCGACGAGCUCAGUUCUUGAUCUACAAAACUCUGCAACAAGCUGAUUCCAGAGGAAAGCCAUCGUUUCUGAGGAUCAGAUUGUGUAGAUUAAAGGUGAAGAUUGGGAAGAAAUUGAAGAAGUUAAGGAAAAGCAUGAUUUUAAGCGUUUCUGCUGCUAGAGUUAGGAUGUAUAAGCAAGUUGCCAAUCAAUGGAAACGUUUGUUUUGCCAUGGAGAGGCCAUUGCUAGUCUUCCCUCUGUCUUGGCUUGAAGGCCUGACCCUGCAACUGCAAGUUUUCAUUUCUUAAUUUUGCAAUGUGAUGUUUGUUUUGAAUUUAAAA